ACCAAUCAAUAAAAGGACUUAAAGUUAAAUUGAUGUUUCAUCUCGGAGUACUUCCCUCAACAUGAGGGUCGGUCACUAAUUUUGGAUAUUGAACACUGGCUGCCUGUUGCUAAAAGUUCAAUAUCCAUUUCCCCGAGUUUUCGGCGAGCAGAACUGGGCGCAAUUACGCACGGCAAGUACCAUGGCACCGAUUUUGGAUCGACGUGCUCCGGCUCUGCUCUUGGUUUGGAGCUACUGCGUCCUGGCGGAUACCGCCUUUACGAACUUUACUUUGGACAACGAGUUCCACUCCAGUUUCAUCCACCGUCGGCUGAAGAGCCAGGAGCGCAGAGAGAUGCAGCGGGAGAUCCUGUCGAUCCUGGGGCUGCCGCACCGGCCGCGACCCCACCUCCACGGAAAGCACAACGCUGCCCCGAUGUUUAUGUUGGACCUUUACAACGCCAUGUCCACAGAGGGGGACGAGGACAGAUACUCCUACCCUUACAAGCCCGUCUUCACCACCCAGGGGCCCCCGAUAGCCAGCCUGCAAGACAACAACUUCUUGAACGAUGCAGACAUGGUCAUGAGCUUUGUCAAUUUAGUGGAGCACGACAAGGAGUUCCUACCAGUGCGUCGGCAUCAUAGAGAGUUCAGAUUCGACCUAUCACGGAUCCCAGAGGGAGAGGCGGUCACUGCUGCUGAGUUUCGUAUAUAUAAAGACUUCAUCCACGAACGUUAUGACAAUGAGACCUUCCGCAUCAGCGUCUACCAGGUGUUGGAGGAACACUCUGAUAGGGAGUCGGAUCUGUUCCUGCUGGACUCUCGGGUGAUCUGGGCAGCAGAGGAGGGAUGGUUGGUGUUUGAUGUGACAGCCACCAGUAACCACUGGGUCCUGAACCCUGGCAGGAACCUGGGGCUACAGCUGGCCCUGGAGAGCACCAAUGGAGAGAGUAUCAAUCCUCGUGUGGCUGGCCUGAUUGGUCGCAGUGGGCCUCAGAAUAAACAGCCCUUCAUGGUGGCCUUCUUCAAAGCCACUGAGGUGCACCUGCGAAGCAUCCGCUCAGCACCGGCAGGGACCAAACAGCGUAACCCCAACCGCUCCAAAGGGGCAAAGAGCCAAGAGGCACUCAGAGUGGCCAAUGUUGCAGAAAACAGCAGUACUGAUCAGAAACAGGCCUGUAAGAAGCACGAGCUCUACGUCAGUUUCAGAGACUUGGGGUGGCAGGACUGGAUCAUCGCUCCAGAGGGAUACGCAGCGUACUAUUGCGAAGGAGAGUGUGCCUUCCCACUGAACUCCUACAUGAAUGCCACAAACCAUGCCAUUGUGCAAACCCUCGUUCACUUCAUUAACCCAGAGACAGUUCCGAAGCCUUGUUGUGCGCCCACGCAGCUCCACGCCAUCUCAGUGCUCUACUUUGAUGACAGCUCCAACGUCAUCCUCAAGAAAUACCGCAACAUGGUUGUCAGAGCUUGUGGCUGCCACUAG